AUGUCCAGGCAGAGGAUUAUUGGAUGGGCUCUAGAUUGGGUUGAUUUGGUUGGUUACAGGUCCAGCAGCAUGUCACUGGCGGACGAGAUCCGCAAGCUGGGAGCCCUCGUCGGGACGGACAGCGGGUCUGGAGGUGAGGGGUCGGCCCCGGCCUCGACACCGGAGCCAUUGGAAGGCUCCGCGGCGGGCAGUGAUGCCGCGGCGGAAGCCAGACCGGUGGCCAACUCGGUCGUUGAGGUGAGUUCUGCGUGGUUCGGGGGGAGUGUGGCCUCGGUGGCCGCCGUGAUGCCCUCCGAGCCCUGGGGCAGUGGGCCUUUCCCCGUUCGUGGGUCUGGCGAGCCAUGUCCGGAGGUGGAGGACGCCUCCAUGUCCGCGUCUGCUGGGGACGCGCUGGAGAUCGGCAGCGGAGCCGCGCAAUUGGAGCUCGCGGCGUACCUGGGGGAGGAGCCAAUUCCCUUGGCGACUCCUUCCGGGGCGCCGUUUUCCGCUGUCCGAUCUCUGCCGCGUGCUGAGCGGCUGGCGCGGGAACGCCGGGCCAGUGAGGCCUUGGUGGCCAGGAUGGUCCCGGUGGAGGCCUCUCCACUGAGGGGUAGGUCGGAGUGGGUCAAUAGUCUCAACUCCGGCCCAGCUCGCCAGGCACUGCCGUUGCAGAGGGCGCUGGCCAACCUGGCCGCCCGCGGGCCGCGGCAGGAAAAACUGGUGGAGCGCCUGUACGCGGGCUCGCCCAUGGGGCUCCGGACGGCACGGACCCGGGGUCUGCAGGCUCUCGUUGAGCCACGUAACCCCGGUCCGAGCACCGAGUUACGGUGUCCGGGAGCCCGGAACGUGCGUCCGGCGAUUCGGGGGGAGCCGCGUCCAUCUCGCGGCCACUCGAGGAGGGAUGAAAUCCCUCUCGAGUAUCGUUUCCUCCCGGCGUCGGGGGUACAAGCGGAGCGGACGAAGCGUGUGGCGCUCCCAACUGUCGCGACCGGGGGCCGGGGCCUCUACCCUCCCGCGGGAUACAGGGAGGAGGCGACCCCUCAACCGUCUCGUAAGAAGAGGUCUGGGCGGCUGCCUGAUUUCACCAGGGACGUAGAGUUCCGCUACAUCGGUGAGGAGCCAACUCCUCGACAGGAGGAGUUUCCUCAGUGCCGAUCGUCGGCGGAGCCGGACGCGUCCGGUGAGAUUGGGUGCCCCCAGAAGGAGACGGUGAGGGCCGGUUCCCCUCUUGUGGGGAACUCGGAUUCGUCUCCACCCGCGGGACUGGUGGGGAAGGCCCCGUCGACGUCUCCAUCCGAGGCUCGGGUUGGUCUGGUGUCGGAAGCCGCGACGACCGCGACACCUUCACCUACCCUGGAGACGGGUUUGUCCGUCCCCGCCUCGGCGUCGUCUUCACGUCGGGUCGUGGGUGAUGAUGGUAUCGUCUACCGCCUUUGCGGUGACGGCCAUUUUCGCCCUGUAACCCGAGCGGGGGGGCGGCGCACGAGGAAGGGGAUUGAGGCCAAGCGGGUCUCUCCGGCGUGCACCGCGGUCGACCAUCAGACCGCCGAUGGCGCGCUGGCAAGCCGGUGUCAGCUGCCUCGGCCCAGGGCCGGAGCCGCCGCCGCCAAGCAGGGCACGCCAUCGCCCACCUCAGUGGCGGCUAGGCGUCGGGCUCGACGCCGGCUUCUGGCUGAGGUCCGAGCUCGGGCCGAGCGGGGCUCACCAACCACGGAGCCGCCAGUGCUCCCGACGGCACAAGCGGCGCCAUCAACAUCUUUGGCGCCGGAGACGCCACUACCACCUGUGGCGUCGGUGACGCCCUCACCACCAUCGGUGUCACCAGUGCCGUCGGCGCCGAGGCCGGCCUCUCGUGUGAGGGUCCUGGCUUACCUUGCCGGGCUGUCCCGAGAGGAUCGCCUGCGCCUUGUGGAGGAGGCUGAUCAGGUCUCGCAGCCUCCCGCCCGUGAGGGUGGCCAGUAG